GUUUUGGUCUUUCCUCAGAUGCAGCAGCUCUUCUACGAGAAUUACGAGCACAACAAGAAGGGCUUCAUCCAGGAGCUCCACAGCAGCAAGAUCCACAACGCCAUCACACUCCAUCCCAACAAGAGGCCUGCCUACCAGUACCGGCUACACGGUUACAUGUUGAGCCGCGACAUCUCCCGGCUACGCUACCGCACCAUCCUCCUGCACCGCGAGGGCCUGGCCAUGAGCCGGCUCAGCAAUACAGAGGUGCAGUGGGAGGAUCAACAGCUGGGGGCGCCACCUUCCUACACGCGCUACCAGCCCGCUGAAAGAGGGGACGUCAUCGAGUGGGACUUCCUCACUGGCCGACAUCUGUACUCAACGGGGGAGAACCAGAUGCCCCGACAGGGCCUCGGGAGCCUGCUUCGGGCUGCCCUGGAAGACACGGUGCUUCAGGUCAUGGAGAUGAUCAAUGAGAACUCCAAAGCCCGCGGGCGUGUUAUCGACUUCAAGGAGAUCAAGUAUGGCUACCGCAGGGUGGACCCCAUGCAUGGGGCUGAGUACAUUCUGGACCUACUACUUCUGUACAAGAAACACAAAGGGCGCAAAGUGACCGUACCUGUUAGGAGGCAUGCGUACCUGCAGCAGUCCUUCAGUAGGCCCUUCUUCAGUGAGUCUGAGGAAUUGGAUGUUGUUGAGCUGGUGGAGGCCAUCAACACUGAGUCGCAGUCGUUCUCUUUCCUCUCCAACUCCCUCAAGAUAUUCUCGCCUUUCCAGUUCUCUGAGUCGACCAGGGAGAUGCGCGAACGCAGCCAGAGAAAGGUCAACAUCCUGGUCCCGCUGACAGGCAGGUACGACAUCUUUCUCCGCUUCAUGGAGAACUUUGAGAAGAUCUGCCUGAUCCCCAAACAGAACGUCAAGCUGGCCAUUAUAUUGGUGGACAACGACAGCAACCAGGACAGGGAGAAGCACUUGGACUUGAUCAAGGAGUACAGCAACAAGUAUCCCAAAGCAGACCUGUCUGUCAUCCCCAUGACGGGUGAGUUCUCCCGGGGGCUGGCUCUGGAGCUGGGUUCCUCGCAACUUGACAAUGGCACACUGCUGUUCUUCUGUGACGUGGACCUAGUCUUUAACGGGGACGCCCUGCAGCGGUGCAGGCACAACACCAUCCAAAGGAGACAGGCUUACUAUCCCGUUGUCUUUAGUCAGUACGAUCCUAAAAUUGUCUACGCCGGCAACACCCCUGACGAUAGCAGCUUUGUGUUCACCAAGAAAAGUGGGUUCUGGAGGGAUUACGGCUUUGGAAUCACCUGCAUAUUUAAAAGUGACUUGCAAAAAGCUGGCGGUUUUGAUACGUCGAUCCAAGGCUGGGGGUUGGAAGAUGUAGACCUGUUCACAAAAGUGAUUAACUCCGGUUUAAAAGUGUUCCGCAGCCAGGAACCAGGAAUCGUCCACAUUUAUCACCCUGUUCAGUGCGACACUAGCCUUGAGCCCAAGCAGUACAAAAUGUGCCUAGGGUCUAAGGCAAGUACUUAUGCAUCUUCGAUGCAGUUAGCCGAGCUGUGGCUGGAGAAACACUUGGGGGUAGGCUACAACAGAACUUCCACCUGACAUUCCUGUUCUCCGUGGCUCCUCAAUGGAGGUUACCUCAGUUCUGCAUGAGUGCAGACAGCAAUGGACUGUGCGUGCUUCUAUGUGAGAGAGAAAAAGAGACCAAACUGCAGAGAGAAAGAGAGAGAGAGAGAGUUCAAGGGUACGCUCAAUUAUCUUUGGUGCAAUUUGUUGUGUUCCUCUGGUGAUUUGUGUCAUCGAUUCUCUACAGCGUCUUCCAAAGGACAUUGUAAUGCCUUUACUCACGGCUUGUUGGGAACUCUGAUGUGGUUUGUUUCAUUCCUAUUUCCGUUGUUAUCACGCGAUUCACAUGUAUGCCUCAGGACCACAUCUUUUCAUCACCUGGCCAUCUCCAAUGAAUGUGUUCUUAGCAGCCUUCCGUUGGAUUAGUUGCACAGAGCGCCCCUCGCCUACUGUGAAAAGGACACUGACAACAUCACCAGAGAACAAAAAGCAGUAAUAAUGUUGAUAAUAAUACUGAAACAAUGACAAUAAUGUUAAUAAUAAAUGUACUGAAAGUACCACAAAUGUGCUUUAAAGCUCCCAGAUGGGAAACAGACUGUAAACUAGAGUUUUCUAAUUCAUACAAAGAACCCAAAGUACUUCAUCCGCAGUAUUUUUUAAAGAAGCGUGUGAAUAAUUUUGAUGAUUGUAUCUUUAUUUUCUAGUCAAAAUAUUUACAUGGAUUUCAGGUACUGGAUACCAUCCAACAUUUGCUGUGUUCUUAAUCUCAUUGCAAAGGCCCACUUUCUGUCAUUCUGUCUGAUAUGUGACCAUGCUUCAAUGAACAAAAAGGCAUCUUGUCGCCAUUAGCUUUGUGGCUUAGAAGUCGUUCAGUUUGCUGGCAAGAACAACUAAGGUAUAUUAAAAUGGGUUAUUUAUAAUAAAACAAAUGUUGA